UUGGCAAAGGUAAUUACAAAGCAGGAUAUACUGCAGCCGUUCGUUCUGGUUAAAAAGGCAGCAUUUUAAAACAAGAUUUUUUAAAAGGGGAAAUAUACGCUAUACGCAUAAGCAUUAAAAUUAGUUACAAUUGGAAUUUAAUAAAUUGGAUUGGAAAUUAGGACAUGGACUCAAAGCAAGAUGGGCCAUCGUAUAUUUGCACAACUAAACGCGGUAUAAGCAGAGAGAUAAAGAUCCCAAUUAAUGUUGGUAUUCUGUGUGGAAGAGCAUUUGGAAAUCCAAAAGACCCUCCUGUUUUGUGUUUACAUGGCUGGCAAGACAACUGUAAUACUUUUGAGAAGCUUAUUCCACUUUUACCAAAGAAUCACUAUUAUGUUGCAAUGGAUAUGAUUGGACAUGGACAUUCAGUUAGUUUACCACCUGGGGUGUUUUACUCAGUUUAUAGUUAUGUUUCUAUGAUAUAUGGCAUAGCACAAUAUAUGGGUUGGAAAAGUUUCAUUGCUCUAGGGCAUAGUUUGGGAGGGUCUACUGUGGCAUUCUUUGCUGCAGUGUUUCCUAAAAUGGUGGAAAAGAUUAUUCUCCUUGAUUCUAUUGGUAUUGCAGGAUUUCAGAAUUCUCAGAACUUAGAAAUUAUAGAUUUACAGAGGGUUGGCAUUGAACACCAUUUGGAUGUUGAAGGAAAAGUAUCUUACCCUGUUUACACAUUCAAUGAGGCCAAAUCUCGGUUGCAAGCUUCUAAUAAAGCUUUAGAUGAUGAAGCUGCAAAUAUUCUUUUAGAGAGAGGACUUUCAAAAGAAAAAGAUGGCAAAUAUAAAAUCAGAAGAGACGUACGAGUUGUAAAAGUGCACAUACAUUACAAAGAGGUGGAGGAUGCUCUUGUGUUUACCAAGAAAGCAAAUAUGCCAAUAUAUCAUAUUUUACCCGAAAACGGCUUGAAAAAAAGUGUGGGGGUGGACAGGAUGCACAAAGAAAUGGGUUUAUUUGAAAGACCAAACCAUGUGUUUAUUAAAGUAAAAGGAAAUCACUUUGUCCAUCUUCUUGAACCUGAAAUUGUUGCAAAUGAAGUUACCAAAAUUCUAAAUCAAGAUUUUCACAUUGCACCAAAAAUGUAACAAACAUAAGUUGGGAAAAGUAUUUGUCAAGCUAAAAAUGAUUACAAUAGGCUACUGAAUACUUUUUAACUCAUAAGAGUCAUAACCAUUUUAAAAACUUACUGUGGUGCAUUGACAUUGAUACUUCUUUAUUGUACCGCAACUCAUAUACCUCACUUAACCAAACCCUCAAAGCUGUUCUCUGUGUACUAAAAAAUCAUUGGUACUAUGUGUGCUAUAAUAUUGUUUUUUUUUGUGUAAAGUAUGUCAACUAACAUACCUAUACCUUGUCUGAGCAAGCUAAAUCCUAAAAAAACGUAAAAUUAUACAGGCCUGCUGGACGCACCUUUUAGACUCACCUUGUCCAGUAAUAUCAUGUUUUUAUAAUUAAUAUCAUGUAUGAUGUAUUUAUAAUAAUUCAUCAAUUUCCUUGUUUUAAAAAAAUUCCAUUCAUAAUAUGUGUCCCACUAUGUACCUAAAUACUUAUAUCUCAGCAAACUUUUUAUUUCAAUUUAGUAUCUUAAUCACUAUUACCUUGUGCUUAUGUUGGAAAAACUACCAUUGAUACUAUUACUAUAUAUCUGUACAAGAACUGUAUCAUGCCAAAUUCUCAGGAGUUGUACAUUUAUUAACAUGGAAUGAUUAAGUUUAAUUUUUUAAUAUGUAAUAAAGUAUUCUCUAUUGCAAUAAGUUCUGAAGCCUUUUAUAGCAACUAUACAAUUAUUUACAGUUAAUUUCAUGAUCCUGCUCUAUGCUUUUAUAAAAUAUUAUGCAAUUUUGUGAAAUAUAAAUAAAUAUCACUAAUUAUAUU